AUGUCACAAUUAGAUCGAAUCCUACAAAUAGAAAAAGAACAAGAAGAUUCAAGAAUUAAAACUGGAUUAAGACAGCUAAAACAACGAUUAAAUAGCAUGGAAACAAAAAAUAAAUAUGUUUCCCAGUUAUCAAAACAACAAACUAAUGAACAUAUUCAAGAAAUUGAAAGAGUCACAAAUAGAAAAAUAUUAGAAGCAGAAACAGCAGAGGAUAAAAAAGCUUAUCUAUAUAAAACAAUAUCCGUAUUAACAGAAACAAAAAAUGCUAUUCUCUGGAAGAAUAGAGAUCUAGUAAUGGAUCUAGAAGAAGAAUACAGACAAAUAGAACAAUGUGAAAGUGAACUAUUACGAGAACAAUACCAAGCAAAAUAUAGAGAACUAUUGGGAGUAUCUCUAGAAAACUUAGAUAAAAUGCAUGAUGUAGAAGACGAAGAAGAACGAAUAUUCCAAGAACAACAACGAGCCAGAAGACAAGACUUAGAAUUAUCAGAAACAUUACCACUAAAACAUCUAUAUCAUGAAGAAUAUAAACCAACAGUAAAUGAACUAUGGUUACUAGACGACAACUUUGGAAGAACAUUAGAAUGGUUAAAUAAACAAGAUAAAGAUCAAUACACCAAAAUACUAGAACAAACAAUAUCAAGAACAACAACAAGACCAAGUUCACCAACAUCACUAACCUUUCUUGAUA